AGAGAAUCGACGAGUGUGUGUUUAUAGGUGCUCGAAGACAAAGGAAAUUGUUCGUAUGAAUCGACAGUAAUUGAAAAGUUAAAUAAGCUGGUUUUAUUCUGUGUUGAUAGACAUAGAUUGUGCAAUGUUUUACAAAUGCGAGAUUUGUGAUAAGUCCUUCGCUAGGAAACAGGGUUUAAGUUUUCAUAUGAGAAUCCAUACAGGAGAGAAACCCUAUGUAUGUAAAACAUGUAAUAAACGUUUCGCUUAUAAGAGCAAUUUAAAUUCUCAUCUCAGAACCCACACAAGAGAAAAGCCAUACAAAUUUAAAACAUGUAAAAAACGUUUUGCCACUUCGAGCAAUUUCAAUUCUCAUCUCAGAACCCACACGGGAGAAAAACCAUACAAAUGUGAAACAUGUAAUAGAUGUUUUGCGCAAUGGGGCACUUUGCAUAAUCAUCUCAAAAUCCACAUGGGAGAAAAAUCAUACAAAUGCGAAACAUGUAAUAAAUGUUUCGUUCAAAAGUCCUCUUUGAAUACUCAUAUCCGAACUCAUACAGGAGAAAAACCAUAUAAAUGCAUAACAUGUAAUAAAUGUUUUUCUCACUCAAACAGUUUGACUUGUCAUCUCAGAACCCACACGGGAGAAAAACCCUACAAAUGCAAAACAUGUGAUAAAUGUUUUAAUAACUCGAGCAGUUUGAAUCGUCAUCUCAGAAUUCACACAGAAGAAAGAUCAUACAAAUGUGAAACAUGUAAUAAAUGUUUUUCUAGUUCUAGACAUCACAAUCGUCAUCUGAGUAUCCACAGGUUAGAAAAACCCUAAGAGUGCAGAAUAUGUAAUAGAAGUUUUGAGGACAGAUCCUGUUUAACUCAUCGUCAAAUAUUCUACAGUAGAAAAACCCUACAAAUGUAAAUUAUGUAAUGAAUCUUUUCUUGAAAACAAGAUAUUAGAUUGUCAUUUCAGAAGACAUUUGAGGAAGACAGUACACAGGUAUUAAAUACCCAUUAAAAUUUUUUCCCCUGGAAUGAAAGUGAGUAACAAUACAACGACUUAUUCAAAUCUAUUUCCCAGCCAUCAUGUUAGCAGCAAUCGUCGUUUCGAAGAACAAAAUCGUUUAAUUCAGCAUCUUUCCACUCAUUCUAAAUUCAGACCAUUGAUCUGUCUUUUGUGUGAUAGUCAAUUUGAAACUGAAGCUUAACUGGAUGCUCAUUGUAUAAUGCACAAACUACAUCCAUUUCGUUGCAUUGUUUUCAAGUGUUUUGCAGCCAGAAGGCUAUAGAAGACCACAAAAUAAUACAGAAUUUAUUAGUCAAUUCGUCUUAUCAUUGCAAUAAAUGCUGUGUAACAUUUGCUUGGGAAGAAAACUAUGAAGUUCAUCUUGAAUAUAAUAUAAAUUUUGUUUAAAAAUUUCGACUGAAUA